AUGGCCGCUGAGAAGCAAAGUCUGGACUGGAGCAUGAGUGUGUCCAUGAAGAGGUUCCAUGAAGAGGUUCCUAAAGGACAAGAGCAAGCCUAUGGACCAGACCGGCCCAGCAGAGGGAGCCAUCGAGGAGCGGCGGGCGGGUCCCAGGGGUGCGGUGGCGUCGCAGUCGGAACCUGGUCAGAGCCUGAGCCUGAGCCAGGAUGGGUUCGCACCCUCCGCGGCCCAGAGGGAGCUGAGCGCUCACCCGCCGGGCACCCGGGAGGGGACGGGCCGGCGUUAGCACAACUGCAGGCGGACCCCCCGGGGACCGGCGCCCUCGGGCGGCGCGUGAGGCUGGCGACCAGGUGGCCUCGGAGAUCCGGGAGGGCGCGGCACCCGCGGCCGCCGCCGCCACCACUGCUGCGGCUGCUGUUACUUCUGUCCGGACUGGUGCUGAAGGGCGCGGCAGAGAGUCCUUGGGGGCUGCCCUUCUUGGCCGAUGACCCAGUUUCCAUGGCAAAGGUGGUGAUGGCAGACCUGGCACAGCAGAAGGUGGAAAACAAGUCAUGGCCUAGAGGGAUGCACUCCCUCCGCUACCACUACCUGUACCUGUCCGAGCCGGGCCCAAGCCUCCCUAAGUUUGUGGCUGUAGGCUACGUGGAUGAUCAGCCUUUUAUCCGGUAUGACAGCCGUAUGGACAAAGCUGAGCCCCAGGCUCCAUGGAUUUCAUCCAAGAAUGCCACAUACUGGGAGGACGAGACCAAGAAGCAGAGGAAAUGGGCAGAGAUUCAUCAGGUGGAGACACGGAUAGAGAUGGGCUACCACAACCACAGCACCGGCAUACACAGCACUCAGCGCAUGUUUGGCUGUGAGAUCCAGGAAGAUGGCCACUCCAACAGCUUCUGGCUGUUUGGCUAUGAUGGGCAAGACCACCUGUCACUGGACAUGGAAACCCUGAACUGGGUGACAGCUAACCCCAUGGCUCUGUGGACCAAGCGCUGGUGGCAGACAGAGCGCUGCUAUGCUGAGUACGACAAAGCCUACCUGGAAGGCCCCUGCCUCACCUCCCUGCACAGAUACCUGGAGCUGGGAGGCCAGAGAUUCACCCGGAGAGAACCACCCACAGUCCAGGUGACAAAGCACUCAGCCCAGGACGGGGGUACCACCCUGAGGUGCUGGGCCCUGGGCUUCUAUCCACGAGACAUCUCACUGAGCUGGUGGCUGGGUGAGAAGAAGUUGAAUUCAAAGCUCGAGUAUGUGGAGACACGCCCCAGUGGAGAUGGCACCUAUCAGACAUGGAUGGCCGUGUGGGUGCCGGCUGGGAAUGAGACCCAAUACACAUGCCAUGUGCAGCACUCCAGCCUGAAUCACACGCUCACUGCGUCCUGGGAAAUGCCCUCUCAUCCAGGACUUACGGCCAUAGUUAUCUCUCUCAUCCUGAUCUUGCUGGUGAUUGGCGGUGUUGUGAGCUUGAUCAAGUGCCUUCAAGCCAGGAAUAAGGAACCUUACGAGCAAGCCCCAGGUGAUUGUGGUAUGGAUCAGUUGGGGAGAGGAAACCCCAGAUGUUCCCAACACAGCAGAGAUGCCUUAGAACUCAGGAUGGGGGUGGAGCAUGGUGAAUAGGACACCCAUAAUUAUCAAAGCCCAGCAAGAUCAGGAGCUGCUCAACUCAACUGCUGACAGAAGUCACUGUCACAAAUCAAGGUUGUGUUUUGUGGCAUAUUAGGCCCCCCUGCACUGGCUGGCUCAUGUGAUCUGUGAAGGGCCCACCCAACCCAAAACUGAGCCCUCUUCAUCCCCACCAGCCUUCUUAAAAGCAGUCUGUGCCACUAAGAUGGCUUUACCCUCUUCCUGAAGCCCUUUAAAAAGUCUAAUUAUUUCCCGUUUGGGGGGUGGGAAGGGGGGCAGUAGUAAUCCCUCAGCUUCUCUUACACUUGACAAUUUGCAGAGUGAUUUCAUGUUAAUUGUAAAUCCCACUUGAGCUUCUCAGGCACUCUAUGAGUUUGGCAAUGUUACUCUCAUUCCCACUUGCCCAACCUGAAAACCAAGGGUCUGGGCAGUCAGGGAAAAACCAGAAAAGUAUCCAAGAGUUAUAGGGGCAGCAUCCUGUGUGAACCUGCUAGCAUCAGAAAGAAAUGACUGACUGCCUGCUUCUUUUAUAGGUGUGUUCUAUAUAUAUGUAUGAUCUCCUUCUGUAUAGAUUAGAGUGUUGGGUGUGUAAGGGUAUAGGAGAGGCAGUAAGGGUAGGUGUGUGAAACUGAGGAGGUGUGUUAGGGUGAGGAUGUGUGGGUGUGUAUGUUUGAGGGUGAGAGGAUAUAUGGGGUGCAUGUGAGGGGGAGUGUAUGUGUGGUGUGUGGUAUCCUUUUGUAUUUGAGGAGAAGCUCAGAAGACAGGUACCUGGAGACCUGUUAGUUAGUCCCAGGCAACUGAAGGUUGGGAUACAAUUCAGACCAUACUUUCCCUAUGUCCUAUCCUUUUGAAUGGUUGAAUUUUUACAAUAGGCACAGGUUACUGAUAGAGUAGGAAAAGACCCCUUUUCUCUGUGUCACAUGAAAAUGCCUGUGAAGGAUAUGUCUGGAGAAGGCCCAGCCUCACCUUUGCACGUUCAGUGGAGCAGAAACCCCUUGUCUCCUCUCUGAACAAGAAUCCAGUCUCAGGGCCAUUUGAUGUGCUAGCAGUUGGGACUCCAGAGCCGAGGUGGAGAGAGCGCUCUCCGCUGUCAUAAGGACACAAGGUCAGACCCCUUCCAGAGCACCCGCUGCCUCCCUUUCAGCUGACGCCAAAGUGCAACGGAGCCUCCUGUGGGGAGUUUGAAACUUCUGUGUCUACAGCCCUGGGAGGCUCAAAGGCCAAGGAUGUGAACACUUGUAAUACUAGAAAAAGAAUCAACCUACCCUGGUGGCCUGUAGGACCUAAGCAGUGAGCUUGUAAUGAUUGACUUGUACUGAAGACGUGUCUUAUAUGUCUGUCUUUCUCACUGAUGUUGUCAUGCCCCAUAUAUGCUGUGCAAACCACAUACUAAGCAGAGUUCUAGGCACUUUAUUGUAUGUUAGUCUCUCAGUCAUGUCCAGCUCUGUGAGACCCCAUGGACUGUAGUCCACCAGGCUACUCUGUCCAUGGAAUUCUCUAAGCAGGAAUACUGGAGUGGAUAGCCAUUCCUUUCUCCAGGGGAUUUUCCUGACCCAGGGAUCGAACCUGGGUCUUCUGCAUUGCAGGCAGAUUCUUUACCAUCUGAGCCACCAGAGAAGCCCUUUAUUUUGUACUUUAUUGUAUACUAAGCUAUUUAGUCUUCCAAGCAUGAGUGUGGGGGGGAAUGAAUACUUCUGUGGUACAGGUGAGGAAACUGAGGCCCAGGGUCCCACAGCUGAUUCAUGCCAGAGCUGGGAUGUGAGGACAGGCAGUCUGGCUGCUGCAGCCUGGCCACCUCACCACUACACCAAAGCCUCAACAAUAACUGAGCUGUUCUGUAAAAGGGCAAGUAAGUACAGGUCUACAAUCCCCUAUCGCAAAUCUACAAAAACCUCUGGAAGCUAGAAGUGUCUUCCCAAGUUUGUCAUCAAAACAUGACCUGGGAGAGGGGCAGGAGGGGAAAAAAAGAAAUCCUAAAGUGAAGUGAGGUUCAGUGCUUCCACUGCCAGGGGCAGUUUUGAUCCCUAAUCAGGGAACUAAGAUCCCACAUGCCCCACUAUGGAGCAAAAAAGAAAAACAAUCAAGUGGGGUUAUUCAUAUUCUUCAUUUACUUCCUCUAGUGUGCCUUUUCACAUUUUUUCACAGAAAUAUUGAUUUGGGGGAUUAUUGGAUGUCACCCCCAGACAUCUCUGGUAGUAUUAUAUAAUAGUCAGUAUUCACAUCUUGGUAUCUUUCUAAAGCCCAAAGAAUUCUAAAUUCUAAACUAUAUCUGGCUCUAAGGGUUUUGGGUAAGGGAUUAUGGACCUGUAUUAAUACGGUUUUGUGGUAAUAAACGUGUUUUAUUUUUACAGUU